UAUUUGGUGAGUAGAAUGAGUAGUUAGUAGUUAGUGUGACAGCUGUUUAGUAAUGAGUGUGUAAGUGUUUAGUGGGUGAGAGCUGCAGCCAGGGACCAGCAUGGGUGGCGGGAAGAAGGUGGUGGCGGAGGCCUUCACUCACCCCCAGCGUGUCAGACUCCUCUACAAGACAAUCCUCAAGCUGCACCGAGGCCUCCCGUUGGAACUAAGAGCCCUGGGUGACCAGUACACCAAGGAUGAGUUCCGGCGCCACAAGGAGGCCAGCACAGAGCAGUCCCAGGCCUUCAUGGUGGAGUGGACCAACUACGCCAUCACGGUGGCCAAGCAGCUCGGGGUGCGCGGCGCCCACACUGCCAAGACCCUCGGCCGCCCAUUAUCUGAGGGUGACCUGAACCAGUUCAGCGACGAGCAGGUGCACCAGCUGUUCGAGCUGUAUGAGGCAGCCUCCAACCCAGCAGAGGCCCCCACCACGCCACCACAGGACCACAAGAAGGAUGCGUGAGCAGGACAACUUUUAUUACAUGACAGAUGGACACAAGUUAUGGCACAACCUUAUGGAAAGACCAAAUGACAAAAUGUGACAUGCUGUUUCCACCAUUGUAGUAAUCACCACGCCUGGCAGAGGUCACAUGUUUAGAGUAACUGAUUAGUGCACGGCGAAGAGCCACGGGGAGGUGACGAGGCUGGCCGCUGGUGUCUGGCAGCUUGACUAGUGAUGUUGUUGGUUAAUUUAUGUUGAGAUAAUUUUGUCCUCAUCUCAGGGAGACAAUGUGUUCAUCAAAUACACAGCACAGGAGUCUUAACACAGGGGUCAGCACUCCUGUCUGCUGUGUGCCGUGUGGCGAGUCACCCAGUGUGGUGACAAGACAGGAAGUAGUGGUGGUAGCGCUGUGCUGUGGUGCAGGUGUGUGCCCCUGGCAGACCAACACCUGGCCAGCAGGCAUCCUUGGCACAAGAUUACCUGUGUGUGACAAUUAAUUAGCCAUAAAACAAAUCUGUGCAAUUCAAAGAUAUCUAAUAGAUUUCAAAUUUUCUGAUAUUUGUAUAUAGAGAUGUGAUAUAAUACACCUUGAUUUGUAA